AGUGACCCCCCUCCCGGAAGUGCCGGAUGAGGCCGCCCUUCUCCUUCCGGGUCGCUCGCUAUGGUCGUCGGGUUGGGGCGGAGGCAAGAUGGCGGCGCGAUGGCUGUGCCGGAGGCUGUGCCAGGGAUCAGCUUUUCCUGUCGGUUAUGCAAGCAGAAUUAUGCAAAAGCAGUGUUUUCUUCUAAACUCCAACCUGGGAGCACGACUGGCUGGAUCCCAUGUUGAUACACAGGAGCCUAAGACUAAUCCUUUGGUAUCUGUUUCAGAUGAGCCAGAAAUACUGUACAAGAGAUUAUCUCUUCUAGUUAAGGGCCACGAUAGAGCUGUGUUGGACAGCUAUGAAUAUUUUGCAGUGCUUGCAGCUAAAGAACUUGGCAUCUCUAUUGAAAAAGUAUAUAACCCUCCGAAGACGAUAGAACGGUUGACACUCUUAAAAUCUGUACAUAUUUACAAGAAGCACAGAGUUCAGUAUGAAAUGAGAACACAUUACCUGUGUUUGGAGUUAAAAUACAUAACGGGCAGUACCGCUGCAGUUUACUUGGAGUAUGUGCAACGAAACUUACCCGAAGGGGUGGCCAUGGAAGUAAAAAAGACUAAGAUAGAGAAAGUACCUGAACACAUUAAGGAACCAGUUUGGGAUACAGUACCUCAAGUAGAAGAAACUGAAGUCAAGUCAUGAACUUACCAGGUUAGCAGGAAGGACACAGGUGCAGGAGUCUGCUCCAGUAUUAAGGGAGUGCUCGGAUCUGACUGCUAUUAAAAGAAUUUAUGGAAGGAAUAGCCAACUGGGUCACAGGACAAGCCAACUAGAGAGGCUGGAUCAUUCUUCCCGAGCACUCAAAGCUCUAUGCAGUCACAAAAGCAAGGAAGUCCAGUGUUGUUAUCAGACAGAAAUGGACAAUCUUAAUGGGAAACAGCUGGAAGACAAGAAACCAGGCUUGUGCUUGAAGAUUAUCUGCAUUUUCUAGCUGUAGAGAAGCCCAAAGCUGCUCCAGAAGAAAUACUUAAUGACAGU